AUCUUUAUAGUCGUGUGCAUCUGAGGCGCUCAUUGGGCCUUACAGACUGUGUGUGACAAAUAUGGCACAGUGAGAUGAAUGUAAAAGAUGUCAGUGGAGGAUUCAUUGAUGCUAAGAGCAGUGGGCCACGGCUGCAGUUCGCUUUACUGGGCUAUCUUGUCUGAUUUAUCCUGGAUCGGUCCAACCAGCCUUGGCUAUAAAUAGACACAGAGGCCACUGUGGUAGUGUCAAUGUGUGUGUAUCUUUAAGAAUUCAGCUGUAAUUUGAGCCCUAUAGGAGAGAGGCAGAGAGUUACCUCACACACCAACACCCCCCCCCAAUCAUCGCUCCUGUAAUCGAGUGUCGAGCUGCAUGAUCCGCACCUCUGCAAUCAUGCACGUUUCGUGUUGGAUGGGAUUCUCGGUAAACACCGCAAAGCUGCCGCGGACACGGAGCUCCUGUACCGCCGCAUCCCCCACAAGUUGUUAGCGUGUGCGUGGAGCAAGAGGCGGGCUUGUCUUAUCACAGAAAAAAAUGACUCGACAUGGCUGUAGCUUUGACUCAACAUACACGGCUUGGCGGACGAUAACCGGAACCAUAAGCAGCUGAGGGAGUGAGGCGCAUAUCAUCUUAAUGAAAGUCAUAAGUGGGGUUGGGUGGCCAUGGACCCAUUCAGCCAGCUUAUUCUCACCAUCUCGGUGACCAGUUUCAUCACCUUCCAGUGGCUCUUCCACAAAGUCAGCCCCUGGGUGUCCAUGCGUAUCAGCUCCGGCUUCCUCAGCCUCACUGACAAGCAGAAGGUGGAAUGGAACUCAAGGACGGUGUCAACGUUUCACGCGCUGUUAGUGGGAAUCUUCUGUCUCUACAUCUUGUUCUUCGAUGAUGCCGUCAAUGAAGACCCAGUCUGGGGAGAUCCUACACUGGUGAAGACUAACGUUGCCAUCACAACAGGCUACCUCAUAUCUGAUCUGCUGCUAAUAUUUUACUAUUGGAAGGCGAUAGGCGACAAGUUUUUUGUAAUUCACCAUCUGGCAGCGUUGUAUGCUUACUACUAUGUACUGGGCCAAGGAAUGUUGCCUUAUUUUGCUAACUUCCGUCUGCUUGCUGAGUUUUCUACACCAUGUGUGAACCAGCGCUGGUUCUUUGAGGUACUAGGUUAUCCCAAGUCCUCCCGGCCCAACAUGGCGAAUGGCGUUGCCAUGGCAGUAGUCUUUUUCAUGGUCCGCAUCGCCGUCAUGCCAGUCUACUACAUUCGCAUGUACACGGUCUAUGGCACUGAGGCCUUCUACCAGGUCCCCUGGGGUGGCCGCGUAGCCUGGAUCUGCUCCAGUAUCUGCUUGGACAUCAUGAACGUCAUGUGGAUGCAUAAGAUCGCCCGCGGCUGUUACAAAGUGCUGCGCUCGGCACGCCAGAGCAAAGCUGGUGCACCUCAGGAGAAUGGGAAGACGGAUUAAGGGAACCAGGGUGUCAGUGGUGAGAAAACGCCACAAUGGAGACAAACUGAUGUCACUCUCAGUGCACUGGGGAGCCGGAGCUUGGACACUCACCUGUCACACCAAGGAGUGAUAUUACAGGACCGAAUGUAAAUGAGGGAAACUUAGCUUUUUCUGGAAAGCGGGUACAGUCACUGAGAUGCACCGAUGGACCGUUGAAGUGGCCAUCCCUAAGCCAUGAAAUGACCUCCUAGCAAUACUCUGUGUGCAUGGCCAAUUAUUUUUCUCUUGAACAAUUUACCACUACACAAAAGAGUUUCGUCCUGGGACAAUGGACUGUUAGCCCAAACACAAAUUGUCAAAAAGUUUACCGUUCUUUACAUACUCAGUGCUCAACAGAAGACUUUACAAUGUUUUGUUGUUUUGUUUUUGUAUUAUUACUGCUCCCUGAGUUCCAGAAUAAAAAUAGUGAAUACCUGUCGAUGAUAGUGAGGCAAAGAUUUUAGGGAACCUCGAAAACAUUGAGUGAUUCCUUAAUGAUGGUCAGUGCCAUAAACUCAUUGUCAGAUGCCUGUUGAGGAGAACGGUCGAGCAUCUCUUACUUUUCUCAGAGAAUCUUGAGCUUAAUUUGCAGGGACUUGACAGACACAAGAUGGGAUUACAUCAAGUGCAAUCACAGAGAUGGAUAAAUCCGUUCAUCACUCACCCACUGUCAUUCAGUUAAGAGGUUCAUUUAAAAAGCCAGCCUUUUAAGACGUCUAUAGAAAUAUUGCGAGUCUUGGUUGCAUUUUAAGUUGAUUUAUAUAAUGCAGGGUUGAACGGGCAUUGGUACACUGUAUGUAGUCUUUUGUCUCGCUGGGGUCAAGGCAGAUUGGAUUAAAGAUAACGUUUUUAAUGAAAAGGAUGUACAGAGUACCUUAGCGAUGCUAAAAGGGAAACUGAAUGUCAAUGCUGUGUUUGUAUGUUGAAUCCAAGAACAUUCAUUUUCCGUAUUAAUGUUGAGGCAACAGUUUUCAUCGAAUAUUUAAAUCCACAUGAUUUAAUGCGUACACAGCCUGAUAUUUCACAGAAUGGAAAAUAUCAUUGCAUAAACACUGUUUUGUGGGAGCCAUGAUUAUAUUUAUUUCACAUUGUUCGAUGCAUGUUGAGGGGUGAAGCUGAUCUGGAUCGCUAAUGCGGAAUCUGUCAUACACAAACCUUAAAAAAUGAAAGUUAAAGGCAGCGUGAUGACAGGGCAACUGCUUCGACAUGUCCAUUUAUGCUAAAAGGUUUGAUGGGAAAUGUUCUGACACUCCUAUAGUUUUCCAGCGUCAGGUGACCUUACGUUUAUAUAAUGAUCACACUUGCUAUUUAUGAUCUUUUAGGCACAACUUUACCCCCAGGCAACACUUUGCCAACAAGCUGCAUGCUGCUAUGUGUGUUUACCAUGAAGAAAUUGGACGUUUUAUCCAGCAAAUUGAAUUCAGUACAUGCUUUCGUUACAUUUUAAAUGAAUUUGUUUCUGCAGACAUGAGUUUGAUAUGACAUUAAAUACAACAAUCAGUGUUUCAGAUGGUAAUGGCUGCAUUUGUCAAAAACAUUUUGUUGUUUUUUAAAGCAUUGUUAUACAUUAUAUAGCUUCUGCCUCAUGUUACAUAUGAUCUUCAAUCAGCUCUUAAACAAAUAUUGUACUUCAUAUUUAUUCCACUGAUACAAGGAUUGCGUUUUGUCGUUAGUGGGCAGAAGUAUGAGGUGAUUCAUGUUGUAAUUGUUUUCCUAAGCAUCAUUCUACUGACGAAGCAGCUCGUCAUCGAACACUGAACACAGGAGCAAAUCUGUUCAAAGGUUUUUACGACAAAUGUAUCAUUUGUUCAAAUAAAAAAGUCGCGAUAAGUCGUUGAUUUACGGAACAUGUACUUGAAUUUUCACUGUAAAAAUGUAUCUUUAUAUGAGCUGUACAUCCGAAGCUUCUGUCAAAUGUUUUGUGAAACGGAUACAGGGAUUGCUAGUUUUUCGAAAGCCGCCUUGAUAUGUUCAGCGUUUGAUUUCGUUGCCUUUUUAAAAAACAACUUUUGAUUGCAUAGUGAAUAUUUUGUUACAUCCAACUCCUUACAACACUGAGAAAUGUUUUCCAUGUCUGAUGCCUGUCUAAAGUGAUUGUUUGGACUUUGUAAUAGUUUCAAAUGUAAAACCAAGAGGCUUAAGGCUGGUUGUUUCAGUGCUUUUUUUAUGGUUUAAAAACACAAAGAUUUACGUAUUUGUGCCAGUGCUUCAGCCAUUACCACCCCAUAAUGAAGACUUUUUGUCAUAUCCAUUUUCAUACAACAGUGCCAACCAGUUAUUUGAUGGUUCAGACUUAUUCUGUUUACACAACCAUCUCUGCACGCUGUAGCUAGUCAGAGUUAGAUGAGGCUCAGUGGAGUUUGGCAUUAAAAAACAGGCGUGAAAGACUUCUAUCUCUCACGCCAUUCGAUCAAAGGCAGUGUGUUUGGAACAGGACGGACCUGGGUGGACGUCAUCUACAUUACAUGUGGAUAUCACCAUCUCACAUCUUAGAACAGAGUCAGGAUGUUUGUUAAUAUUUCACUGGAAUUAAACGGAAAUCAUGUAAGGGGUUUCAGGACAGCGGGGCGCUUCUGUUAGAAUCAGGGGUGGCUCUGUAUGCAAGGUCAUGCAUGGUCAAUAUUCUUCUUCAUGCACCCUCUAUAACUGCAUGUGGUAUUGCAUGGGGAUUGCACUGUAAACAAACUAGCAUAUACAUUUGCAAGACAAAUUUUGUUCUCUUUCCUUUCUCUUAGUACAUGUACAUAAUGUUUACUUAAACGUUAUUCUUGUACUGUGCCACAUAAUGUAAUCCACAGACGGUGAUGAUGAUGAUGAUGUGACGAGAGCAUCAUAAGGCAGAUAUUUAGUAUAAUAUGCAGCACAGAAGUAAUCAGUAAAGGGACUACUUGAAUACUAAUCAGCGCAGCCUAUAAGAAUCUGGGCAGUGCAAAUAAACAUUAAUCCUACGAGCAUCUUGCGUUAUAUGCGUACCAUUGUCUUUAAUUUAUUAAUCCGAGAGAGGCAGACGUACAACGGAGCAGAUGCUGUGGUGACAGAGAGCAUGGUGCUGCUGUCGCGUAGUCAAACUGGUGUUGGUGUUUCUGUUCUGAAUGUUGUGUGGAGGAGAGAUGCGAGUAGAUGGAGUGUUUAGUGACAUUCUAUGAAUGUAUUGGAGGAACGAAAAAUAUUUGUCAUUUGCAUUUUCAUUUGUUCUUUACAAUAAAUACCAAAUUAACUCGU